AGACAUUUUAUUAUAGUGAGUACAUUUUAUUAUAGUGAGGACAUUUUAUCACAGUGAGGACAUUUUAUUAUAGUGAGGACAUUUUAUUAUAGUGAGGACAUUACAGUUGUACAGUAUAGUAUUAAUAUAUAUUGUUUUGUGUUAAAUUCCAGUCUGAACAUGUGACACAGUGAGAACACUGAUAUAUAAUCAUCAAUCAGUCUCGUUGUGUUUAAAAAGUUUCAGCCUGAUGAGAAACCACACACCACUGUGUGUUCAUCACCUGUGGGCUACGACAGAGUGCUGCUCACUCAUAGUACUUAUAAUACUAAUCUUUAAAAGAUCCUCUGAAUGUUUUAAUCAGACAUUUUUUAUCCUAAACUCAGUAAACUACAACAAAAAUAUGUGUCACCUUGUUUAAGGAGAUGAGAGACUUUAAAUAUUCACUGACAGGAACUUUUAUCAGGUCAGUUCGAGACAAAGUUCACGACUGUGCCAUCAGACUGACCUGUGAUCCCGUCACAUAGCAACACAUACUGGUGUCUGAUACUCCACACACACCUGGACUCUGUCUCCACACACACCUGGACUCUGUCUCCACACACACCUGGACUCUCCGUCUCCACAGACAGAGUGUCCAGAGUGCGCUCUGCCACUCUGAGAGUGCGCUGCUCUGGAUAACCCAACGCUACAUUCAGACAGCGCUCCCAAUUUAUCAACGCUCCAGUUUGUGUCAGAGUGCGCUCCCACACUCACAAUGAGUGUUUCUGAACGCACCACUCACAUCAUCUUCCUCCAUCGUCUAAAACAAGACAACACAACUUGUUAGCUAGCGCUAGCUAAUGUCUGUGGAGAACUGUUUUGCCUCCAGCUAAGCCCCGCCCACCAAAAACGUCAUAGUGUUAACUAACAGUUAAUGGGUCUAUUACCUGAUUGAUUAAUUAAACAAAGUUUAAGUGUUUGCUGUGUUCAGGAUAUUUUCACCACCUGUUCCAACAGGGAACUGAAGCCAGAGAUUAAAAAAUGGACUUGUGUGUAGCUGAAUGUUAACUUCAGUCACAACCUAAAAAACGCCUAGGAACUAAAGCCGUUAUAUCAGCACCUCCAGACUCCACUGACAAAACCAGUCAUUUAACCUCACAGAGCACUGGAGCUGCUGGUCUGCUGCUGCCACACCUGGUUAGUGUGCAGGAGGAAACAGCUGUCUGAGCCUCAAGACUGGAAACUGGGGGACAUUUUGUUGAUCAACGAUGCCAGCAAAGCAACUCAGUACACAAAAUACGCAUAGCAGAAACACUGGAACUCUGCAGGUCUACAGACUGAUGUGUGUUGUGGUCUCUGCAGGUCUACAGUCUGAUGUGUGUUGUGGUCUCUGCAGGUCUACAGACUGAUGUGUGUUGUGGUCUCUGCAGGUCUGCGGACGUUCAAGCUGAAGAUGAAGUGUAACUUCACCACCCUGAAGGAGCGGCAGCUGAAGGAGAUCCAGGCUCCGACCACCAACGUGUACCUGCCGAUCCUCUACCUGCUGGCGUUCCUGGUGGGUCUCCCUUCCAACCUGCUGGCUCUGUGGGUCCUGCUGUUCAGGACCAAACAGCUGCCAUCCACUACGCUGCUCAUCAACCUCACCGCCGCCGACUGCCUGCUGCUGUUGGCGCUGCCAUUCCGCAUCGUGUACCACUUCAGAGGAAACAACUGGGAGCUGGGCGAGACCUUCUGCCGCAUCGUCAUGGCGAUGUUUUACGGCAACAUGUACGGGUCUGUGCUGUGUCUGGCACUGGUGGCUCUGGACCGGUACAUUGCUUUGGUCCACCCGUUUGGUGCCAAGACGCUGCGCAGCCGGCGGGUAUCUCUGUACAUGUCGGCGGCGGUGUGGAUGGUGGUGUUGGCCGCCAUGCUGCCAUUGCUGGUGUCGCAGCAGACCUACAUGCUGGAUGAGCUGCAGAUUACCACCUGCCAUGAUGCACUGCCGGAGGAGGACCAGGAGAGCUACUUCCUGCCGUAUUUUGCCACCUUGUUUACCGUCUGCUUCCUGCUGCCCUUCCUGGUCGUACUGUUCUGCCACGGCGCCGUACUGCGCACUCUGCUGGCUGAGGGGAAGCGCUACGGUCACGCCGUCCGGGUGACGGUGCUGGUGCUGCUGGUGUUCAUCGUAUGUCUGCUGCCCAGUAACAUCCUCCUCCUCCUCACCUACGUUGACAGCUCGCUGGAGGGAGACGGUGAGGACAUGUAUGUCCCCUACAUGGUUAGCUUAGCAGUCAGCACCUUCAACAGCUGCAUCGACCCCUUCAUCUUCUACUUCGUGUCGGUGGAGUUCAGGGAGAAGGCCAGGAAUGUGCUGUGUUGCCGCGGCAACUCCGAGGAUAAACGGUCUUCUCUGGGGAACAACGUGUCGUACUCUUCGUCAUCAGGACGGAGGUCAAAGGUCACAGAGUCAACUCGGUGUGACUCAUCUGAGACGGUGUGAGGAGGCGUCACUGUGUCAGAACCACGUUUACCUGAUGGUCACAUGACUGCUGACAUCAUCACAGCUGAUUUUUAAUGUGUUGGACUGCUCCUUUAAACUGUUGAUAUGAAGGCUGAAUUGAUCCCUGAUGACUUGAUUGAUUGUAGAUUUACAAACUACCUGAUUUAGUUUAUUUACACAUUAAUAAAGUAAUAUUUAAAACACACUGCUCGACUGUUGUGUAAAUACACAGAAUCAAAGAUUAAAGACAGUUUUGUAAAUUCACAGAGAAAAUAAACGUGUUUAAUAAAACGUU